AUGGACACAUUUCUCGCGCAGCGCCAGCAGGCACCGCGCACGCACCUGGUUGUUGGCAACGAGGCCGGAGAUCUCGAUAGCCUGGCAUGUGCCAUUGCCUUUGCGUACCUUGCGCAAGCCAACGACAGUGCGCCAUGGGUUCCUAUUGUACAGACGCCGCGUGCAGACCUUGUGUUGCGUCCUGAGAAUCUGCGUGUGCUAGCUCACUGUGGUAUCGAUCCUGCCCACCUCUGCUGCGUCGACGAACUGCCAAAGCUGCUUCCGGCGUCUACAUGCGUCGUCCUUGUCGACCACAAUCGCGCAACGGGGCCAUUUCGUGAUGCCAACGUUGUGCGUAUCAUUGAUCACCACAACGACGAACACGCCCAUGGCGAGGCGCUACGCACCAUCUAUGCGCCGGGCGACGCUGGCUCGUGUGCGAGCGUGUUAGCGACACACAUGCUCGAGCGCUCCCGGGGGGUAGACCGCACCGUGGCGGACCUCUUGUACAGUGCCAUUCUCGUUGAUACCAUCGGGCUCAGCGCACGCGCCGGCAAGGCGCAAGCAUGUGAUCUUGCCGCGCGGGACCUGCUCGCGCCAGCAUCGUCAUGGGCUCGGUCAGAUGCCGCCGAGCUCUGGUUCGACACACUGCAGCACACCAAAAACGAUGUAUCUCAUCUGAGCACAUCUGAAAAGCUACGACGCGACUAUAAGGCUUUCGAGUGCGCCACGCGCAAUGCACCACGUACAUGGCAUAUCGGCACAGCAUCCACAACAGAGCCUCUGUCUGCAUGGUCCCCCACGCCGCACUUUUUCGAGGAUCUGGAUGCCUUUGCACGUGCGCGCUCUUUGCAUGCUCUGGUGGUUCUGACCAGCUACGAGAUUCCGGGCGGCGAGCAUGCUACACUGGCGCGUGAGGUACUGUUCUACGUGCCGGCGACGGGCAUCGCGAGCGGUGCACCUGCGCUGGCCGAGGCGCUUGCGGCUACGCACACGCAUUUUGUUGAUCUAGUGCCACUCGACGUCGCCACGCCAAAGCAUGGAUGGGCGCGUGCAUGGACGCAGCGCGACGUGCGUGCAUCGCGCAAGCAGCUGGUGCCUGCGCUGCGCGAUGUGUGUGCAAGCGUGGAGCAAGCCUAA